ACUUACACGAUAGCGAUGAUCCUUCCUUUGGUGUGGGCCUACCAGUCUGUCAACGUCCGUUUGCCUCUCGCUGUGCGGCAAACCCGACCACCCGAGGGCCCUAAGGCUGCGGUCUGCCCGGGGCAGCGCACCGGCCCGGCCUCGGCAGGGCCGCCUGUGGGCGCCGUCAUGCUGUUCACGCCAGGCGGUGGGAGACCCGGGACCGGAGCGCUCAUGAGCGGGGAGAGGCUGUCGGUCGGGCUCGGGGGCGGGGCAGGCGAAGCGGGCGGAAGUCGGCGCGCCCCGAGGACGUCAGAGCGUCGGACGCAUCUCCGCGCGUGCGCAUUGGCCCUGCUCCCAGGGCACCCUGGGAGUCUGGGCGCGGCAGCGCUGCGCCUGCGCGGGGGGUGGUUUCCGUGGCUGCGCCUUAGCGUGUCGCGAGCACACUCGCCUCUCACCAUGAGUCUCCUGGACCUCCACUACCAGCAGCUGGGCGACGCCCGGUGGGCCGAGCUCCUGCCGCUCAUGCGCCAGGCCCCGGUGGUCAGGCUGGUUGACUGUGGCGUCACCGGGGGGCGCUGCAAGGACGUGAGCGCCGCGCUCCGGGACAACGCUGCCCUCACCGAGCUCAGCCUGUCCUCCAACGAGCUGGGUGACACGGGCACGCACCUGGUGCUGCAGGGCCUGCAGCCCGCCUGCAAGGUCCAGAAGCUCAGCCUCCAGAACUGCAACUUGACGGAGGCCGGCUGCGGCCCCCUGUCCGGUGUGCUGCGCUCCCUGCCCGCCCUCCGCGAGCUGGACCUCAGCUACAACCAGCUGCAGGACGCGGGCCUGAGGCUGCUCUGCGAGGGGCUCAUGGACCCCCAGUGCCACAUCGAGAAGCUGCAGCUGGAGUACAGCAACCUGACGGCCGACAGCUGCGAGGCCCUGGCCGCCCUGGUCAGGGCCAAGCCGGAGCUGAAGGACCUGGGGGUGAGCAACAACGACAUCGGCGAGGCCGGGGCCCGGAUGCUGUGCCGGGGCCUGGCUGACUCCACCUGCCCGCUGGAGUCACUCCGGCUGGAGAGCUGCGGCCUCACCGCGGCCAACUGUGCGGACCUGAGCGCCAUCGUGGCCGCCAAGCCCUCGCUGAGCGAGCUGCAGCUGGGCAACAACAAGCUGGGGGACGCGGGCAUCGCGGCGCUGUGCCCCGGGCUGCUGAGCCCCGGCUCCAGGCUCAAGACCCUGUGGCUCUGGGAGUGCGACUUCACGGCCAGUGCCUGCAAGGACCUGUGCCGGGUGCUCGGAGCCAAGGAGAGCCUCCGGGAGCUCAGCGUGGCCGGCAACGCGGUGGGCGACGAGGGCGCGCGGCUGCUGUGCGAGAGCCUGCGGGAUCCCAGCUGCCGGCUGGAGUCCCUGUGGAUAAAGUCCUGCAGCCUCACGGCCGCCUGCUGCCAGCACGUCAGCGCGAUGCUGGCCCAGAACCGGAGCCUCCAGGAGCUGCAGAUGAGCAGCAACAACCUGGGUGAUGCGGGCAUGGAGGAGCUGUGCCAGGGCCUGAGCCAGCCGGGCACCACCCUGCGGGUUCUCUCGGUGGGGGACUGCGAGGUGACGGACCAGGGCUGCACCAGCCUGGCCGCCCUCCUGCUGGCCAACCACAGCCUGAUCGAUCUGGACCUGAGCAACAACUGCAUGAGCGAGGUGGGCGUCAUGAAGCUGGCGGAGAGCGCCCAGCAGCCCAGCUGCCCGCUGGAGAAGCUGGUCCUGUAUGACAUCUACUGGAGGGAGGAGACGGAAGACCAGCUUCGGGCCGUGGAGGAGAAGAAGCCCGGCCUGCAGAUCAUCUGCUGAGCCUGCCCAGGCCGGCCAGCCACCUCGUGCCUUAGCUCCGCCGAAGAGAAACGCGCAGACCAGCUCUGUGCGCGUCCAGGACUGACUAUUAAAGCGUUUUGAGUAGAAUGGCCU